AUGGCCCUAUCAAAGGCACCGCGAUUUAUCCAAGGUAUCUGGGGCCCGUAUUACGGCAGUAUACUCCCGGAAUACCACCUAAAUGAAGCCGGGCAAAGUGUCACUGGCGCACUAAUAGACGCGCUGUUCGCCAGUGAUUCUGAGUGUCAAAAAUUGGCCUCUACCUGCGGGAUGGCAUUACCGGAAUACCUCAACAAUCUGAUCCUGGAUUUGGCGAAACAUGAAAAUUUAGACUGGCACUUUUUGGCCAAAGACUUCCACGUACUACCGUACCACCACGGCAAUCGGUCCCCGAGGGCAAAUUCUAGCCUAAAAGGCGCCCUACACGGCUGUACUCUGGACAAUGCCGUACCCCAGCUGGCGAUACAAUACCUGGCCACUUGCCAGGCAAUUGCCCUCGGCCAUCGCCAUAUUAUUAACACCCUAAAUUCGGCCGGCUACCGCAUCCGGGAAAUUGUGGUGUCCGGAGGGUUGGCGCGGAACGAGCUGUAUUUACAGGUGGGAUUU